AUGGCCUCUGCCGGAGUGGCCGCGGGUCGACAGGCCAAAGAAACGUUGCCAGCUCCCUCUGAGCCGCCGCUGACCGAGGCCAAGCCGUUGCCGCUGCCACAGCCGCCCGCGCCGGCCGAGAAGGAGGACGAGUGCUACUCCUUCCUGCCCCUGGUGCACAACAUCAUCAAAUGCAUGGACAAGGACGACCCGGACAUCCUCCAGAACCUGAAUGCCCUCAAAACCAAGUUCCAGGAGCUGCGUGAGAUCAUCGGCACCAUGCCCGGCAUCCACCUGAGCCCUGAGGAGCAGCAGCAGCAGUUGCAGAGUCUCCGAGAGCAAGUCAGGAUCAAGAAUGAACUUCUGCAGAAGUGUAAGAGCCUCUGCAUGUUUGAGAUCCCCAAGGAAUAGAGGAGGCCCCGGG